UGAUAUCAUAUCAUUACAUCAUGGGUCUGACGCAAGAACAAAUUGCCAUCAUCAAGGCCACCGUGCCUGUCUUGCAGAUUCAUGGCAAGACCAUCACGACGGUGUUCUAUAAGAACAUGCUCACUGCACACCCAGAGCUCAACACCGUUUUCAACACGGCCAACCAGGUCAAUGGCCACCAGCCCGUCGCUCUCGCCGGCGCUCUCUUCGCCUAUGCCUCCAACAUCGACAACCUGGGUGCCUUGAGUCCCGCGGUCGAGUUGAUCUGCCACAAGCACGCCUCCCUCUAUAUCCGGCCCGAGCACUACAAGAUCGUCGGCAAGUACCUCCUCGAGGCCAUGGGCGAAGUCCUCGGAGACGCCCUGACGCCCGAGAUCCUCGAUGCUUGGGGUGCCGCCUACUGGCAGUUGGCCGACAUCAUGAUCAACCGCGAAGCCGACCUCUACAAGGAGGCGGACGGCUGGACUGAUUUCCGCGAGUUCCGCAUUGCCAAGAAGGUGCCCGAGUCGUCUGAGAUCACUUCGUUCUACCUGGAGCCCGUCGACGGCAAGCCUCUGCCGGCCUUCCGCCCCGGACAAUACAUCUCCGUGGAGGUGUUCGUUUCGGAGCUCAACUACCCCCAGAGCCGCCAGUACUCGCUCAGCGACAAACCCGUGCCGGAGUACUACCGCAUCAGCGUCAAGAGGGAGGCCGGUCUCGAGCCCACCGAGCCCUCGGCCAAGCGCCACCCUGGCUACGUCUCCAACAUCCUGCACGAUCUCAAGAAGGAGGGCGACAUCGUCCGCGUCUCUCACCCCUACGGUGAUUUCUUCCUCGCCGACGAGGAGAAGCAGAGCAGCAGCCCGAUUGUCCUCCUGGCCGCUGGUGUCGGUCUGACCCCGCUCACCUCCAUCCUCAACACAAUCCUCGACGGCCCCGAGGCCCAGACCCAGCGCAAGAUCACCUACGCGCACGGCGCGCGCACCUCCGCGGCGCGCGCCUUCCGCCCGCAGAUCAAGGAGCUGGCUGCCAAGGUGCCCAACCUGCACGCUCUCUUCUUCACCAGCCACCCCGGCGCCGAGGAGAAGCAGGGCGAGGACUACGAUGUCGCGGGCCGCCUGGACGUGAACCAGCUGGACAAGCAGAAGGACCUCUACCUGGAUGACGCGACCACCAAAUACUACAUCUGUGGCCCGGCCGCGUUCAUGCUGGAUGUGAAGCAGAAGCUGACCGCCGCGGGCGUUGCCGAUGAUCGCAUCAAGAUGGAGCUGUUCGGUACCGGUGGUAUUCCCGCUUGAGCCGGUGGCUGUGCAUAUUGGCAUAUUGUGGUUUCCAACUAGAUCAUUCUUCGCAUCUUCACGGAUUACGAUCGCAUUUGUUUUCGUUUCUUAGAUAGCAUUAUUAGCCUAGAUACUCCUC